AGGUCAUUACGACCGAACCAAAAGGUGGCGGUAAUAGCCCUGCUAACCUCCAGUCAGAAACGCUAGACUCGGAAGAUGAAAUCCAGUCCGGAGUUUGCGGCUCACUCGGCAUUUCUUAUGUUUCGUUGCACUGUCUGCGUAUUGUUGUCAGGCAGAAAGAUACACUAACCAGGGUGGCGUGUGUCUUGAGAGUCAGGCUCCCUACGACGUCCGGACGCACACAUUAGCUGUUUAUUUUGUUGUCUGUCCACAAUAAGUUUGCUGUUAUUGAUUUAUUUGCGCCGAUUUGCAAUAAUGUCGGUGGGAGUGGAGUCUGGAUUUUCGAGUGAGGAGGUCUUAAACAGCCGUUUCCCUCUCCAUCGGGCAUGCAGGGAUGGAGAUGUCGGUGCCUUGUGCUCCCUCCUUCAAAGCACCUCAAACCCGGCUGGCCUCACGGUGGAGGACACCUUCUACGGCUGGACGCCCAUACAUUGGGCCGCUCAUUUUGGACAGCUGGAGUGUGUGAUGAGUUUGGUUCAGGUGGGCUGUGGAGUGAACGCGAUGACCUCCAGGUUUGCACAGACGCCCACUCACAUUGCUGCAUUUGGGGGCCACCCUGAGUGCUUGUUAUGGCUACUCCAAGCUGGUGCAGACAUUAACAGACAGGACUAUGUGGGUGAGACGCCCAUCCACAAGGCUGCUCGUGCGGGCAGUCUGGAAUGUGUCAACGCUCUCUUGACUCAGGGAGCGAAAGCUGACAUGAGGAAUGCCAGUGGGCUGACUGCUGCUGACCUGGCCCAUGCCCAGGGAUUCCAGGAGUGCGCUGAGAUUCUGUCCAAUGCCCAGAACUUCCAACAAAACAUGGCUCUGUCUCAUAAUGGGGCUUUUAUGAAUGGCUUGAGCCAGAACGGGGGCCACCCCAUCAUCCAGGGACGCAGCUUCUUGAAUGGCAUGCCCAGCAGAAAGAGGUCAUUCGAGGGCAUGGAAGCAAACCCAGUAAAGAAGGCCAGAUCUUUUGGCCUGGGCAUGCCACCAGAAUUGCUGAAUAGGAAUGGGCCACUGGGUGGUGCUGGAGAGGCCCAGAUGGAGAGCAUAAAUAUGGAGUUAGCAGCUACUGUAACCUCAGUGGCAGGUGAGAGACAUGGUGAGGAUUUGUCCUCAAGUUGUCACAAUCAACCACAACUUCCAUUUGUGGGUGAGCCAGCAGCAGACACCUUCUGCAGCCAUCACAUCUACAGCACUGCAGGCAGCCAGCUGGAGCACCAGAAGUCUGUGGCAGCAGAGCAGUUGUAUGAUCAUGCCCUCUUCAACACCAUGCUUCUUUACCAUGGAUCCUAAAGUACAAACUAUCUAGUUGACAGACUGUCCUUUUUGCCUAAAUCUCAUGUAACAAUAAGCAAGCAUUAAUUUACCUUAAACCCACAGAGUGGUCCUGUUAUUCACUGAAAUUAUUUGUUGUAGAGGGCAGGCCUAUUGUGAAUGGAUCUGAAAUUUGUAAUGAUAAAGCUGACGUAAAAGUGGAUUUUUAUUUGUUUAUUUUGCAUAUUAUUAAAUUUUGGUAAGUUGAAAAUGGCCUGGUUCUGAUAUACAUUCAAGCAAGCAUCUGUACUGAGUCACUACCAACACAAAUUUUAUAUGUCUUUACUAGAAAUGGGAUGAUCCCCCUUUGAUGUUAAUGAAACCAAUGCAAAUACAAUUCAUUUUGCUCAAUAAGUAAAACAUGUUUUGCACCAGUCAAUGUUUGAUCAUUCAUUUUAUUUAUUAAUUCUUUGACUGCUUCACGUGUACAGAUA